AUGUUCAACAUGGCGGCGGAGGGGGGAGGGAAGGAGAUGAACGAAAUCAAAACUCAGUUUAGUACCCGCGAGGGUGCCUACCAACUUCUCACGCAUUCUGAGUACAGCCGCCCCAACAGGGUGCCCUUCAAUUCACAGGGUUCCAAUCCAGUCAAAGUGUCCUUCGUUAACGUCAAUGACCAGUCCGGCAACGGCGACAGAAUUUGUUUCAACGUGGGCCGGGAAUUAUACUUUUAUAUCUACAAAGGCAUACGAAAGGCUGCUGACCUCAGUAAACCCAUAGACAAGAGGAUAUAUAAGGGCACACAGCCCACAUGUCAUGACUUUAACCCACUGACUGCCACGGCAGAGAGCGUCUGUCUGUUGGUUGGCUUCUCUGCAGGGCAAGUGCAACUCAUAGAUCCCAUAAGGAAAGAAACCAGUAAACUCUUCAAUGAGGAGAGACUAAUAGAUAAAUCGCGGGUUACAUGUGUAAAGUGGGUACCUGGUUCUAAGAGUCUGUUUCUGGCAGCCCAUGCAAGUGGCAGUCUGUACCUGUAUAACAUUGAACACACUUGUGGAACUACGCCACCCCACUACCAGCUUCUAAAACAGGGAGACAGCUACGUUGUUCAUACCUGCAAGAACAAAUCUACACGGAACCCCCUUCUCCGUUGGACUGUUGGGGAGGGUGCUCUGAAUGAGUUUGCCUUUUCUCCAGAUGGUAAAUACCUAGCCUGUGCCAGUCAGGAUGGAUUCCUGCGCGUAUUUGGCUUUGACACGGCUGAACUCCACGGCGCCAUGAAAAGCUACUUUGGAGGGUUGCUGUGCGUCUGCUGGAGUCCAGACGGCCGCUACAUUGUGUCUGGAGGAGAGGAUGACCUAGUGACUGUGUGGUCUUUUUCAGACUGUAGGGUGAUAGCCCGGGGUCACGGACAUAAGUCGUGGGUGAGUGUGGUGGCGUUUGAUCACUGCACUACCAGUAUGGAUGACUGUGAAGCACCAGCAGAGUUUAGUGGUAGUGAUGAGGACUUCCAGGAGCAGAUGCACUAUACUGUUGGUAAAGACAGAAACAAUAGCAUUCAUUCACGACUGUCCAAGCGAAAUUCGACAGACGGCAGGCCUGUCAGUGUUACGUAUCGUUUUGGCUCUGUGGGCCAGGACACUCAGCUGUGCUUGUGGGACCUCACAGAGGAUAUUCUGUUUCCUCAUCUUCCCCUCUCCCGAACAAGGACUCAUACCAGUGUGAUGAAUGCUGCAAGCCCCUCUGCUUCUACCCACACCCCUGGCAUUAAUGGCAAUAACAGCGUUAACAGUACAGGCAGUGGCAACCCUACAAACUCCCUUUCUGCCUCGCUGCCCCGUUCAAACAGUUUACCACAUUCCGCACCAGCAGAGAGCAAUACACCCAACAACCACAAGGGCAGCAGUGUCCUGGACAACACCUUGGUGGCCACGAGUGUUAGCACGUUUGCCACCCUGGCUCUGCACGAAACACGGAAAGAGCAUCAACACGACAAGGACCACAAACGUAACCGCAGCCUGAGCCACAUAAACAACAAGAGUGGUGACAAGCUCAGUCAGAUGAGUGGCACACGUUCAGCCAAAAUGGAUGCUGCCAAGAUGUUGGGCACAACUCUGUGCCCACGUAUGGACGAGGUUCCCCUACUGGAACCACUGGUGUGUAAGAAGAUUGCUCACGAGAGACUCACUGUGUUGACCUUUUUAGAGGAUUGUCUUGUCACAGCUUGCCAAGAAGGCUUUAUUUGCACGUGGGCAAGGCCUGGCAAAUUGGGCUUACUGUCAUCACAAAAUCCAGCCAACUCUCCCAGUGGUACAGUAGUAUAG